UAAAGUAGAAAAUUAAUCUGUUAGGGGCAAAAGCAAUCUAGGGUUUAUGUAGAAGAAGCCUUUGCUUUCAAAUCUCACUUCCUCUAUAUCUCGUCGGCACAUUCAAUGGCUCGGAGGCGUCGCAAUGAUUCUAGCAGUAGCGACGAUGAGGAGAGAGAAAGGAGGAAAACCAAUCUAGAUUUGGAGGGCACAAGUAGGGAAGAUGAUAAGGAUUCGGAUCCUGAGCGUAGGAAGAGUAGGAGAGAUGAUUUGGCAUCUGAGAGAAAAUCGCGUCGUGACUCUGAUGAUAGGAGGUCUGACGAGAUUGAGCGUAAGAGCAGGAAAGGUGAAAAACCUCGACGUGAUGAUGCUGGAGAUGAUAAAAGGAGUGCCAGGAAGCGCGGUCGAGAUUCGGAGAGUGAUAGGAUAAGGCGACGGGACUCGGGCGAUGAGGAGGAAGAAGAAGGAGAAUACAGGGCCCGGGAGGAUGACAGGAAAGAGGAUAGAGAAAGAGAUGACCGGAAAGAGCGGCCAACCGAUAGAGAGAGGGAAAGAGAUGAUAGAAGGGAUCGUGAGAGAGAAAGAGGGGAUAGAAGAAAUAGAGGGCGAGACAGAGAUGAUAGAAGGGAUAGAGAGCGAGAGAGGGGGCAUGUCGAGAAUGGUGAUAGAAGGGAUAGCGAUAGGAGACAUGACGAGAAUGCUGAUAGGUAUAAGAGCUCUAAGAAUGAGAGGAGUGAAACUGUGGAUUUGAAAACAAAGGGGGAUGGGAAUGUUGCUGUUGCUGUUGACCCGGUGGCAAAUAUGGGAAGGAGUGGUGGAGUGUACGUUCCUCCAUUUAAGUUGGCUAGAAUGCUGAAGGAAAUCGAGGAUAAAAGCAGCCUCGAAUAUCAAAGAAUGACCUGGGACGCCCUGAGGAAGAGCAUCAAUGGAUUGGUGAACAAAGUGAAUGCCACGAACAUCAAGAACAUCAUCCCGGAGCUGUUUGCUGAAAAUCUGAUACGAGGGCGGGGUCUGUUUUGUCGAUCCUGUAUGAAGUCUCAAAUGGCCUCUCCAGGAUUCACUGAUGUAUUUGCAGCUUUGGUUUCUGUGGUCAAUACAAAGUUCCCUGAAGUUGGGGAUCUUUUGUUGCGGAGGAUCAUACUACAGCUACAGAGGGCAUAUAAACGCAAUGACAAGCCACAACUACUUGCAGCUGUCAAAUUUAUAGCUCACCUGGUGAACCAGCAGAUAGUUCAUGAGCUUAUUGCUCUUGAGCUGCUGACAUUGCUUCUGGAGAAGCCCACCGAUGAUAGUGUUGAAGUAGCUGUCGGCUUUGUUACGGAAUGUGGAUCCUUGCUGCAGGAUCUUUCCCCCAGAGGAUUGCAUGGUAUCUUUGAGCGAUUCCGUGGAAUUCUCCAUGAAGGGGAAAUAGAUAAGCGUGUACAGUUCUUGAUAGAAGGCCUCUUUGCAUUACGAAAAGCAAAGUUUCAGGGGUACCCUGCUGUCCGUCCAGAACUGGACCUAGUGGAGCAGGAAGACCAAUUGACUCAUGAAGUUUCUCUUUUGGAUGAGAUAAAUGCUGAAAACACUUUAGAUAUUUUUCGGCCGGAUCCCCAGUUUGUGGAGAACGAGAAGAAGUAUGAAGACCUAAAGAAGCAAAUACUAGGUGAAGACUCUGAUGAAGAAGCAGAUUCAGAUUUAGCCUCAGAUUCAGAUUCAGGUGACAAUGAUGAUGAUGAAGAUGAUGACGAUGAAGAGGACGAAGAACAAAUGAAAAUUAAGGAUGAGACUGAGACAAACUUGGUUAAUCUUCGGAGAACUAUCUACUUGACAAUUAUGUCCAGCGUUGAUUUUGAAGAAGCAGGGCAUAAAUUAUUAAAGAUCAAAUUAGAGCCUGGUCAGGAGAUGGAACUGUGCAUCAUGCUUUUGGAGUGUUGCAGCCAGGAGAGGACGUAUCUUCGCUACUAUGGACUUCUUGGCCAGAGGUUUUGUAUGAUAAACCGAAUCCAUCAGGAGAAUUUUGAGAAGUGCUUUGUCCAGCAGUACUCGAUGAUUCACCGGCUGGAGACCAAUAAGUUGCGCAAUGUUGCAAAGUUCUUUGCACAUUUACUUGGCACGGAUGCAUUGCCCUGGCACGUUUUGGCAUAUAUACGGUUGACAGAAGAGGAUACUACUUCUUCAUCUCGAAUCUUCAUUAAGAUUCUUUUCCAGGAAUUGUCAGAACACUUGGGCAUUCGCUUACUAAAUGAACGCCUAACCGAUCCUGGCAUGCAAGACUCAUUUGAGUCCAUUUUUCCCAAAGACAAUCCGAAAAACACUAGGUUUGCUAUUAACUUCUUCACUUCCAUUGGGCUUGGUGGGAUCACAGAAAACCUGCGGGAAUAUCUCAAGAACAUGCCUCGGCUCAUCAUGCAACAACAAAAGGCUGUACCGGAGUCUGAUUCUGAAUCUGAUAGUUCUGGUUCUGAUUCGGAUGGAUCGGGAUCAUCAAGUUCGGAGUCAAGCGAGAGUGAAAGCGACAGGGAUAAUAGGCGAAAGAAGAGGAGGAGAAACUAAUGAUUCUAAAUUUGAUACUUCUGGUUCUAGUUCUGAUUUGGAUGGAUCGGGAUCAUCAAGUUCCGAGUCAAGCGAGAGUGAAAGUGACAGGGAUAAUAGGCGAAAGAAGAGGAGAACUAAUGAUUAUCUUUUACAUUUCUUGUACUGGAGUUUUGUUUAGGAUAUUCUGCGUUAUAUAACUACUGAUAAUGUGAUAUAAGAUUGUUGUUAUCUGUUAUCUGGUAUUUCUAAUUCAAUGGUGACAAAAGGUUUGAAUUUGUUAAA